CCCCUCCCCGGCCCGUCUCCGCCCCUCCCCCGGCCGCGGCCUGGCGGCUUGAGCCGGCAAAGCGGGCGGGGCAGGGGAGGGGCGGGCGCCCGAAUAUGCAGAUGAACUCGUGACGGACAGCUCUGCGUUCCAAUGUCCCUCGGAAACUCGAGCGCUCCUUCCUCAACUCCUCACUCCCGAGUCCAGACUCCCCCAAACCCCGACCGCCGGCCUGGCGCGCGGCUGCGCCCACCGGCUCCGCGCUGCCGCUGCCGAGGUCGCCGCCGCCGCCGCCCAGCCGCUCCCCCGGCCCGCGGGCCGCCCGGGCUAGUGAGCAGGCCGGCCUCCCUCGGCCGGCGGUCCCCGCGCCCGCCGCCGCCGCGCCGCGCCCCGGCCGGGCGUGGAUGGAGGGCGCCGCGCGCCCUGCCCGCUGUUCGGCGUGACGCGGGCCCGGCGUCCCGCGCCCACCAUGUCCUACCCGCAGGGCUACCUGUACCAGGCGCCCGGCUCGCUGGCGCUAUACUCGUGCCCGGCGUACGGCGCGUCGGCACUGGCGGCGCCGCGCAGCGAGGAGCUGGCUCGCUCGGCGUCGGGCUCGGCGUUCAGCCCUUACCCGGGCUCCGCGGCCUUCACCGCGCAGGCGGCCACGGGCUUCGGCAGCCCGCUGCAGUACUCGGCCGACGCUGCCGCCGCCGCCGCCGGCUUCCCAUCCUACAUGGGUGCGCCCUACGACGCACACACGACCGGGAUGACGGGCGCCAUCAGCUACCACCCUUAUGGAAGCGCGGCCUACCCGUACCAGCUCAAUGACCCGGCCUACCGCAAGAACGCCACGCGGGAUGCCACGGCCACGCUCAAGGCCUGGCUCAACGAGCACCGCAAGAACCCCUACCCCACCAAGGGCGAGAAGAUCAUGCUGGCCAUCAUCACCAAGAUGACCCUCACGCAGGUCUCCACCUGGUUCGCCAACGCGCGCCGGCGCCUCAAGAAGGAGAACAAGAUGACGUGGGCCCCCAGGAACAAAAGCGAGGACGAGGACGAGGACGAGGGCGACUCGGCAAGGAGCAAGGAGGAGAGUCCGGACAAGGUGCAGGAGGGCACCGAGACUUCGGUGGAGGACGAAGGGAUCAGCCUGCACGUCGACUCGCUCACGGAUCAUUCGUGCUCCGCCGAGUCGGACGGAGAGAAGCUGCCGUGCCGGGCCGAGGACCCCCUGUGUGAGUCGGGCUCGGAGUGCAAGGAGAAGUACGACGACCUGGAGGACGACGAGGACGACGACGAGGAGGGCGAGCGGGACCUGGCGCCGCCCAAGCCCGUGACCUCGUCGCCGCUCACCGGCGUGGAGGCGCCGCUGCUGAGCCCCCCAUCCGAGGCCGCGCCCCGCGGGGGCGGCGGCGGCGGCAAGACGCCCCUGGGCAGCCGGACGUCACCGGGCGCGCCGCCGCCCGCCAGCAAGCCCAAGCUGUGGUCUCUGGCCGAGAUCGCCACGUCGGACCUCAAGCAGCCGAGCCUGGGCCCGGCCUGCGCGCCGCCGGGGCUGCCAGCGGCCGCCGCGCCCGCCUCGUCAGGGGCGCCGCCGGGCGGCUCGCCCUACCCCGCGUCGCCGCUGCUCGGCCGCCACCUCUACUACACGUCGCCCUUCUACGGCAACUACACAAACUACGGGAACUUGAACGCGGCUCUGCAGGGCCAGGGUCUCCUGCGGUACAACUCGGCGGCCGCGGCCCCCGGAGAGGCGCUGCACGCGGCGCCCAAGGCUGCCAGCGACGCGGGCAAGGCGGGCGCGCACCCGCUGGAACCCCACUACCGGCCCCCCGGCGGCGGCUACGAGCCCAAGAAAGAUGCCAGUGAGGGCUGCACCGUGGUUGGUGGAGGCCUCCAGCCCUACCUAUAGAAGGGCCGCACACAGCAAUGCAAGUAGGUGUCACAAUUGCUUUGGAAAAAAAGUCAGCAGGCCAUUCUCUCUUCCCAAGUUCAUAAAUAUACAGAUGUAUUAAAAAAAAAAGAUCUCUAAAUCCGGACCACAUCUUGUGCCACUGUAAACGAGGAGGAUCCACAGGGCACUGCCAACCCACAGACUCUAUCGGAACAGACUUUUGUUGGACAUAUGUGAAUUUGUUGGCAUAGUAUAGCUUCCCCAAUGUAUGUGUGACUUUUGAAAACAAUCUUUUUUCUCAGGAUAUCUUGAAUUGAUCACUUCAUUGCCACGGUAUAUAUUCUAUAGGUGUGAUAGGAUUUACUGUAAAGUUUAUUUGUAAAAGAUGUACACAGUAGAAAUAAAACGUGAUUAUAGAACUUGAGUACUUAAGAAGUGGAAACAAAUUUGAUAUUUAUUUUUAUAAUGAUAUAAAGCUUCUAGUAAUUUAUGCAAGUUGUAUUGCAAUGGAAUCUAAACCUUUUGUAAAUAAAUUCUGCCUGGUUUUUAUUUGAACAUUGCUGGUUAUAUAAUCUUUGUUGGUUGUUUAACAAGAAUUCUUUACUAAUUUAUAUCUUAAAUUGUAAAUAAAAGCAAACUAGUCUACAACAA